CUCUUUUGUCUCUUUCUGAUAUCAUCCUUAACCUGAUAAGCAAGUAUAAAGAGAAAUCUAGCAAAUCAUGGCUCCCUCAGCUAUCUCAACCAGUCCUCCUCCCUCAUCGGCCGGUCAGCUACCCUCAGACCUUGCCAGUUAUCGCGGCUAUGACCAUGUGCAUUGGUAUGUCGGCAACGCCAAACAAGCUGCUUCAUAUUACAUUACCCGUAUGGGAUUCCAGCGCAUUGCAUAUCGUGGGUUGGAAACAGGAUGCCGCAGUAUCUGCUCCCACGUCAUCCGCAACGGAGAUAUCACUUUCGUCUUGACUUCGCCUCUGCGCUCCCUAGACCAGAUCGACCGCUUCCCUGCCGAGGAGCAGGAACAGCUCAAGGAUCUCCACAGGCACCUCGAGCAACACGGCGACGGCGUCAAGGACGUUGCGUUUGAAGUUGACUCCGUAGAGGGCGUGUUCCGCGCUGCGGUGAGCAAUGGCGCAAAAGUGGUUUCGAGCCCUCGCAUCUUAGAGGACAAGGAUGGGCAAGUUACAACGGCGACGAUCCAGACAUACGGACAGACGACGCACACUUUGAUUGAGAGGAGCGCAUAUCAAGGCACCUUCUUGCCAGGGUACCGUGUAGAAAGUGGAGCCGUGGACCCGGUUUCUUCUUUCCUGCCUGAUGUGCGUCUCAGUCGCAUUGACCACUGCGUGGGCAAUCAGGACUGGGACGAGAUGGAUAAGAUUUGCGAAUACUACGAAAAAGCCCUUGGCUUCCACCGCUUCUGGUCCGUCGAUGACAAGCAAAUCUGCACUGAAUUCUCGGCCCUGAAAAGUAUCGUUAUGGCAUCGCCAAACGACGUCGUCAAGAUGCCCAUCAACGAGCCUGCAAAGGGAAAGAAACAAUCCCAAAUCGAAGAAUACGUGGACUUUUACAACGGCGCCGGUGUGCAGCACAUCGCGCUCCUCACAGACGAUAUCAUCCGCGACAUCACCAACCUCAAGGCCCGCGGGGUUGAGUUCAUCAAAGUCCCGGAUACAUACUACGAGGAGAUUAAGAUCCGACUGAAGAAGGCUGGCCUGGUUCUUCAUGAAGACUUUGAGACUAUCCGUAGUUUAGACAUCCUUAUUGACUUUGACGAGCAUGGUUAUCUUCUGCAAUUAUUUACCAAGCAUCUCAUGGACCGUCCCACCGUCUUUAUCGAGAUCAUCCAGCGUCAUAAUUUCUCCGGAUUCGGUGCUGGAAACUUCAAGUCGCUGUUCGAAGCGAUUGAGCGGGAGCAGGAAUUGCGCGGCAAUCUUGUUUAGGGCUUCGGUUUCGGUUUCGGUUUCGGCUUCGGCUUCGGCAUUGUAGCAACGACGACGGUAAUGACCCUUCUUUUGUACUCUGUACUUUGUACUUUACAUAGUACUUAACUUUGAUUUUGGAAUUCUUCUCAGCCUUGUAUGAGUUUAAAAUCCAUUGGACUUGCUCUCGUUGUUGAGUUAAUUCUUUAGCUACGAAAUGAUUACGAUAGCCAUAGUUUUACUAUAAGGGGCCGAUUUCGUUAAUUUCCCUAGGUUCUAACUAUGUAAAACUAUAGAAAUAGCGACGUGGCUGGAUUUCCUUCCUUUAUCAGCACUUCCUUGCUGCGCCAGAGGCCGCGGGCUACUUCGUCUUCGAAGAGCUAGAGCCACCAGGAGUUGUCCCUCCUCGUCGCUUAUACUUGCG